AUGUUCUACGAACCAGAUGAGACUGGUACCACGGUUUACCAUUUUCAAGAAAAAACAGUGGCGGUAGACCUCACGCAGUCAUGGACAAACCAGACCGUCACAGUUGAGUCAAGCAGCGAAGCCGACGGUAUGAUUGACCUGGGAGCACCACAACUCUUCUAUGACAAGCCACAAAACAAAGUCAGCCGCUAUGGAGGCUGGCCCCUUAACCAAACCGAUUUCCCCUCGAUCUUGUGGUCCUUCGAUGCCGGAAGGACAGACGUCAUAUGGGAAAAUGACACUUCACCCUCCAUCAGUGGACUGUCUCAGGACUCCCCAGGGCCAUAUGCUUCAGCCACCGUCUAUACAGACACAACCUUCUACAGCUUCGGAGGUAACAUCUUCCCACCAACGGGAAGCGAUAAUAUGACUGUUCUCUCCGGCCUGGUUACAAAGGACCUAGUAGGACAAUUCUGGACGAAUACCACGGCCGAGCUGCCAGAGCAGAGCAAGUACCGGACCCAGGCCCGCAUGGUGCACGCACCCAACUUUGGUGCGCAAGGCUUCCUAGUGAUGGUGGGAGGAGAGAGUCCUCCGACAGAGGCAUCCGGCUACAGGAGCGGUAUGUACAUGGUGGACAUGGCCACAAUCACGCUCUACGACAUUGAGACUGGGACAUGGUACACACAGACAGCCACAGGGGACAUCCCGCCGCCAAGGAGUGAAUUUUGUGCCGUCGGAGCAGUGUCAAGUGACGGGACCAGUUUCGAGGUUUUCGUCUACGGUGGCUCCACGAACACUACGUUCGACCUGAACAAUCCGGACGACGAAGGCUAUCUGAACGUCUAUGCCUUGUCGCUGCCAGCCUUUCGCUGGUUCAAAUCCGAGUCGUCCACUCCUGUGAGGCGCGCACGCAAUACCUGUAGUGUCAUCGGCAAGCGACAGAUGGUCUCUAUCGGAGGGCUGCUGCCGAGCUCAUUGCAAAAAGUGGGUGUUGAACCCGACCCAUGGCCCGGUACCAUGGGCGUCUUCGACAUGACGGAAUUCGAAUGGACAAACCGUUACAAUGCCAUCGCCGCGGCGUAUGAGAGUCCCGAAAUUGUGCAGAGGUACUACCGAUCCGGCUAUGAUGUACCUGAUUUCAGCGAUGCACAUCUGGCCUCCGUGUUCGCAUUCACACCCCCAGCAAGCUCUACCGACGGCACCAACGACGACAACACGACACCCACCCAGACCCCCUCGCCAAACGGUUCAACCUCCCCAGACACGUCCAGCAGCAGCGAGUCAACAUCCUCGAGUAGCAACGCCGGGCCCAUCGCAGGCGGUGUCGUCGGAGGGGUCGCCCUCAUCGCAGCCAUCCUCUUCGGCAUCUGGUUCUGCCAACGCCGUCGCAAACAACGAUCUCAUGGCCCCGCCGCGGUCUUUGGAACCGAUACUAAAGAACCCUUCAUCGUACCACCAUACCAACCGGCUCCAAUGGCAGUGUUCGAGGUGGCCGACAACCCACGACCGUCAGAAAUGGACGCGCCCAUGACGUCCAAGCCGCCCUUUUUGGCGGAAUUGCCCGCUGACCGCGACAGUCCGCGUCCCCAUGGGGUGGGGAUGUGA